GCCUUGUCGAAGCAGCUGCAGAGCUCAGGCCCUGGUCACGCAAGGAGGCGAUGAUACAUCGUACGAUUUUUGUAUUUUUUUUUCUUCCUAUAUCGAUGUUUUUAUUGAUAUUUUUUGUUUAGAGGGGGCAAGUCAACAUACUAUCAUUCCUACGUCCAAAUUCAAAACUUAAGCAUGAUUUGAUCCUCGUACUAAUUGCGGAGGGUUUGGACGAAGAGACGAUCUGGUCCGAGGAGCUUUGCCUUUGCGAUUAAUGCUACUGAUCCUCUUCUGCCUCCUGACGCGGCUUCAUGAGUCUGAUUCUUUGAGAUGGCAAACCCAAACCCGGUCGAGAAGAAUGAAAAAUCGUCCCAGCCCAGCGGCACACACAAAUCAACAGCAACGCCAAGCCGACCAUUUGUAAAGCGAAUAUGGGACAGUCUGGGUAUAACACCGUUGGUGGUUAUGUUUAUGGUAAAGGGAACGGUUGCGUCUACUAUUGCUCUCUCAAUAUAUCAAAGUCAAGCGGUAGCUGCCAACUACCUCAACUUCGGCUUUGUCAUGAUCAUCAUCUCUAUCACAACGGUUCCUGUUCUCCCACGUGGCCAAUUCAUCAUGAAUCUCUUCAUAUGUGUGCUCUUGACUUGUCUUGCCGCGGCCAUGGUUUUGUUAGGCCAGUACGCCGCCGUAAAGGCGAGAGAAUCGACAAAGGCAGAUGGAGCGCCCCCAGACGCGUACGGGACGUACAAUUCGUCUGCUUCCGUGAUUAACGCGAUCUUCCUCGUUAUAAAUACCUUCUUCACCAACGUGCUGAAGGCUGCCAGGCCAGCCCUCUACAUUCCGUCCAUCCAAUUCACCAUCUUCACUGCGAUUGGAUUCACCUUCGGACCAAGUCAGCCAACGAUGGAAUACUCGUACAGUUUCGUCAAAGAACUCCUCUACACCUUCUUGACGGGCCAAGCAAUCGCGACUGGGGUGGCGAUUUUCGUCAUCCCUGUUUCGUCGAGAAAGGUGUUCUUUGCGGAAGCAACACAGCUGCUGCGCGGAUUUCAGGCGCUUCUGAAGAGUCAAUCGGAGUUCCUGGCAAUCAUGAGACAAUACGGGUCUUGCGCAGACGCUCAUUCGCAGGACGUCAAAUCGCUGCGACAACGACGAGCGGAGAGCCUGAAGAUGUCACUACAGAGAGUCAUUUCUCUUUCUGCAAAACUUCAGGCAGAUGUUGUAUAUGCACAACGAGAGGCUGCGUACGGCCACUUAAAAGGCACUGACAUCAGAGAUUUCUAUCGGCUUCUUCGGGGUGUUCUUGUUCCAAUAUCAAGCUUGUCGACGAUGACAGAUAUCUCUGAGCGACUAUAUCGUAACAGAGAAUCAAAUAAUGUUGUCGCCCAAUCAGGCGAAAUACAUGAAAAAGCAUCCGGAGACGGGGAUAUUCUCGAGGACGAUAAAGAAGACGUAGAUCUAGAUUGGCAAGAAUUAGUGGGCUCACUUCACGAGUCAUUUGAAACUGUAGUACAAAUUCUCGACGAUGCAAUCACGCAUGUGUUGGUACUCUUAAAACUCGCUCCAGUACCAAUAUCAAGCAGUUUCUUGAUACGGAGAGGUAAAUCCAACUCGGAAGAUUCAACAGGAAAUGUAGACGUCGAGAAAGGACCUCGAGUUCCAAAGCCAGGAGAUUUGAAAUUUGGACAUUAUUUGGAGAAGGAGAUCAACGACCUCCGGCCAUAUCGAACAGCGCAACUGCAAAAAUGGGCGGGAAGCAAAGGGGUCAAGUCGUUGAUGCACAAGUCUGCAGCCUGGGCCCAGAAAGAUGCCGUGAAUGGCUUGGGGGAUCAAGUGCUCGUCCGCGAGACAAGGUUAAGACGCCAACUUAGCCUCGUAUUAUACAUGGAGUAUCUGGGUUACUCUAUUGCAACCACCAUUCUGGCGCUGGUUCAAUUCGCGGAAGCAAAAGUCAGAGACGGAACCUUGUCAAAAAGGAGACUCAUCACUCCGACUUAUCAAACAAUUAAAAUCUGGAUUAAAGGCAUGCUCUUUGGUCACGAAUCCAAGAUGAGUGCGGAAGACACCGGUCACGAAUCUGAGCCAGGUGGAGCCAUCAGGCUUGGAGACGCGUUGAAAAGUCCUCGCGACCCGGAACAUCUGCCUCCUAAGAACUCCUGGCAGGCUUUUGGUGACCGCGUGCGGUCGGCCUCUCAUAUUCUAGGUUCCGACGCGGCGCAGUUUGGUGUUCGAGUGACGAUUGCGACAAUGAGCGUCGGAAUCAUGGCAUACUUGGAAAAGACUCAUACCUUUUUCAUCAAACAACGGGUGGUGUGGGCAGUGAUCAUGAUCAUCAUUGGAAUGAAACCUACCAACGGCAGCGCAAAUUUCAACCUCGCCUGCAACAUCGUAUUCAGCGUGGGUGGAAUGGCAUCUGCGUACAUCAACUGGUACGUUGCAGAUGGUCACACAACAGGUGUCAUUGUUGUAUUCGCGUUCUCCAUGGCCUUCUGGUUCUACUGGGCAGCGAGAUGUCCCAGGUUCCUCAUUGGCAUUGUGGUCGGAGCUCUAACCCAGGUGCUGAUUAUUGGUAAUCAACAUCUCUUUAUUUGAUUUUUUUAUUCGUCAGCAUGAGUUAACGCCGUCGCAGGAUAUGAACUACAAGUAAGAGUUCUCGGCAUAGCCAAAGCCACAUCAACUGGGCAGCUCUACUAUCCAAUCUACGAGCUCGCACCAUAUCGUCUACUCCUCGUCUUGGCAGGAUCAGUCGUAGCAUACAUAUGGACAAUAUUUCCUGUGCCGAUAACAGAAGCUUCCGUUCUUCGUCAGAACGUCGGACGCUCGCUCUUCGUCCUUGCAAAGUAUCUCAGUUGCGUCACUACAACCGUUGACCAAAGAAUUCACGACGAAGAAGGUGAUGUGAGCAUCAAGACCAGCCCCGGACGCAGACUACAAGACAUGCGUGGAGAAUUGCUGGACGAGCUGAUCCUCCUGAUCAACGCCAUGCAGCAGAACCUGGUCGACAUAGAUUGGGAGCCACCCUUUGGUGGCGAGUUUCCCAAGCAGGCAUAUUCUGCACUUGUUGACGAAAUUCAGAACACCGUUCAAUACCUCACGGUUAUUGCUUAUUGUAGCGAGGCCUUCUCUAAAGCCCACGCAAGCUCGUCUACCUGGCUGUCCACGUUUGCCGCCUCCAGAGACCGUUCGCGCCAUAAAUCCCACAAAGCCGCCAGCCUGCUCACGCUUUUGGCCGCCUCUGUCGCCGAAAACCAAGCGCUGCCGCCUUAUCUGACAGUCCCGAAGGCAGUGCAUCUCUCAGCCGCCAGACAAGUCGAAGCAAGGGAUGACGGCGCUGCAGACGACAUCUUGGACGUCACAAACCUGGACGAGCCGGGAUUUCGAGCCCUUGGAGUCAUCGAGGUCGCGAGCGCGCGCACUAUCGAUGGGAUGAACGAACUGGCGCAAAUCGUAAAAGACUUGGUUGGGGAGGUGGAUUUCAGCUUUCAGAUUGGCAAAGCCAAGAGUUCUUGACCAAAGUCAUGGGGACGUCCUGUCCAGUCGCGUCCUCCGUUGAGAAAGUUCGAUUCAUGACGAAAACGACUUGCAGGAAGCGCGUAUCCGGUCUUCGGGAUCACACAUGUUGAGUCGUCAUGAUCGUGCUCCGUCCAGACUUGCUCGAACGCAUCAAGUCACCCCUUGCAAAGGGGGUUUACAAUUAUUAUUAGUAUCCAAUUGUAUUAGCAUGCCAAACGAGAUUCACC